GGUUUCUCCGCGCAAUUCUCAAAACAAUUUCAACCAUUUCUUAUAAUUCAUUUCGGGAGCUUUCGUUUGGUAUCAUUUCACUAUAGCUAACAUGCCCAAAGAAAAGUCCGUCAAUCCCGCACAAGCCCAGCGUAAAGCUGAAAAGGCAAAAGCUAUCAAAAAAAGCAAGGCAUCUUUACAAGUUCAGAAGAAUGAGCGACUCGCCAAGAAAAAUCCACAGCGUUUACAAUCCCAACUCGACGACCUCAAGAAGAUAGAGAGUUCUGGUGGGAAACUCACAAGUCAUGAACGAUCACUGGUAGAAGGAUUGGAAAAGGAAAUCAAAGCUGUAAACAAAGCGCGCGAAUCUUUAGGCGAUGCAGCACCCCAGUUUUCGCAGUCGAGGGGUGGAUUUGGUGGAGACAGGGGAGGAAGAGGAGGGUUUGGGGGACGAGGCGGGAGCGGUGUUUUGGGCAAACGAAGAAGAGAUGGGGAUAUGGAGGAGGAGAGUAGUGGGUCGGAUGUUGACGAAGAGGUCAAGAGAAUACCCAUGCCGAGAGAUACGCCACCUCCGUUCCCCAAAGAAGUGCUAGAUAAAUGGUACGCGGCGCGACGGGCUCGGUAUCAAGCACGGAAUCAAAACCAAAACGGCGAGAAGAGUGGAGGUACAAGCGCGAAUUCUAUGCCAUUGGGAGGAAAGGAUCGUGGGGAAUUUGGUAAUCGGGAUAGUGGAAGUGGUGGGAAAGUACAGCCAGAAGUCAAGACAGUAUAUGAAGCAAAGCCGCAAAUAAGAGAUUUGCGAAAGGAAGCUGUGGCUUUUGUUCCUGCGGCUGUGAGGAUGAAGAUGCAGAAAGGAAAGGGGGAAGGUGGCCUGAUGGAGCCGGAGGAGAUGGAAAAAUUAGAGAAGGAAGGUUAUAUUGCUGGCAGUGGUGGGCAAAGGAAAGAAAUCGAGGACGGCGGUCAAAUGAAUGUAGAGAUGGAGGAAGUGGAGGACGAAGAAUAUUCUUGAGUUGCAUUAGCAAGCGUGGAGAGAAUGUAUGUACGAUAUACGAGUUCAAUGAUACCCCCUCGAAAUUAAGCGCAAUUUGACAUCUUCAAAAUACUCUCCAGAUGAUCACCUAGAGGCAACCAUUAGACCUGAAAUCAGAAAAUCUCCCAAGAAUGCUGAUAGAUUAGAAACGAUGUUCUAGCGCACGUCUUCAUUGAUAUGGGCGUGUCGAAAUACACGAGACAGUUUGAUUUCAACAAAGUCGCGGAUUCACAUUCAAGGAAAUGUACAUGACAAGAAAGGAUGUCUUCAAACUCAGAAAUUGGACCCUGAGAGAAACAAGGGUCUAAACGCUAAGUAAUCAAGACGAGGGAUAAGAAGAUGAUAUUGAGGUCUUGCAAAUCAAGUGGGAAAACGUCAACACAAAAUAAAGGAAAUUGCGCGCAAGAAACAGAACAAAAAAUUAAAUUAAAAAAAAACUACCCAUCUAUCUAUCAAUCAUAGCUUCCCAGCAGUUCUCUGCCCACUCGCUCAAGUCUCCUGAAUCUCUUUUUCCGUAUAAAGGCGCCCAGAUCCGUACCAUACAGCUCCACAUUCUCAAUCGCCAAGUCAAGCAGCUGAACGUUCAAUGUUUGUCUACAAUAAAGGUUCCUACGCAAUUAAUUUAUAUAUUUAUGGCACGCACCAUCCCAAGUUUGAAAACUCGCAUAUGCAAUAACUUGAUCAAAGACAUGGGCAGCCAGCGCUAUUUGUCGACUCAAAGAUGCUUGAGAUAGGACGUGCUGGCGUUACUGCUUGAGGUAAAAUCGUAGUUGAAAAUACAUUGUUUACAGUACCUGUAUUCGUCCCAGAGGUUUCUUGUCUCUGAUUAUGUAGCGUUGUUAGUACACCCACAGUGUAGACUAACCAUUUCAUUAUCUGUAUACUUGAAGACCCGUGGACUCGAAGUUGAGACUUCGUGGGAGAGUGAAUGGUUAGAUUAAUUAUGCUUGGGUUGAAAGGACGAAAAGCGCUGAGUUUUCUCGAAUCAAGAUUUGGCUGGAUAUGUAAUUCAGUUGCAAUUCAUUACAGGUUUGGGUUAGUUAUCUGUCCAUACCCGUUAUGCAUCUCUGUGAACACCGGGUUCUUCUUAUUUCUCGAUUGCUCCGUUGAGAUCAUACAGAAUCUAUGAGAACACGAACA